AUGAGCAACGCAGCUUCCAGUGAUCAAAUCAACCAAAUACAAACUGAGGAACCUUUACAAAACAUCCCAACUAAUACAACUACAAACAAGACAACGGAAUCGAAUGCUGCCACCAAUAAUGUUAUUACAAUGUUUGAUAUAGUAAGUGAAAUAGAAGGUCUACUAAAAAACGUUCAAAAACAAAUGACAGAUAAUGAUGCACAGUUUCAAAAGAGUAUAACAGCUAUCGAGGAUAAACUACGCACGCUACAAAGAUAA